AUGGAGAACAUGAUGGGUCUUCUGAGAAUUCACAUCCAAAGAGGAGUGAAACUUGCUGUUAGAGACAUGAGAAGCAGUGACCCUUAUGUUGUUAUCAAAAUGGGCAAGCAGAAGGUGAAAACCAAGGUGGUGAAGAAGAAUGUGAAUCCUGAGUGGAAUGAAGAUUUGACACUCUCAGUUGCAGACCCAAAUCUCCCAAUCAGGCUUUAUGUGUAUGACAGAGACACCUUUAGUUUUGAUGAUAAGAUGGGGGAUGCAGAGUUUGAGAUUGCGACAUUUAUUAAGGUCUUGAAGAUGCGCUUGGAAGGCCUCCCAGAUGGGACAAUAAUCACAAAAGUGCAACCAAAUAGGCAAAACUGCCUUGCUGAAGAGAGCUACAUUGUCUGGUCCAAAGGCCAACUUGUCCAAAACAUGGUCCUCAGACUGAGAAACGUGGAGUGUGGGGAAGUUGAACUUCAAUUGCAGUGGAUUGAUGUUCCUACCUCUUAA